AUGUUGCCACCCGACCCGCCGUCGUCGAUCGCAGCGCUAGUGUCGCGAACGAAAUACGAAAAUGUUGCCACCCGACCCGCCGUCGUCGAUCGCAGCGCUAGUGUCGCGAACGAAAUACGAAAAUUUUGCUACCCGAACCGCUGUCGUCGUUGUAGCGCUAGUGUCGCGAACGAAUUUCGAAAAUGUUGUUGCCCGAACUGCCGUUGUCACAGCGCUAGUGUCGCGGUAUAUACGAGUACAUUGUCCAUAUCAGUUGACAUUAUAUUUCCGUACACGUCAUUUCUCAAAUUUAUGUAA